AUGGGACACAGGACCAUCCCACCUCCCCCCAACCUCUCCCCCACCUUCCUCCCUCUCCCUCACCUCUCCCUCUCCUCUCCCUCUCCUGCCCCUCACCUCUCCCUCACCUCUCCCUGCCCCUCACCUCUCCCUCACCUCUCUCUCCCCCUCCUCUCCCUCACCUCCCCCUCACCUCUCACCCCCCCCCCCCCCCCCCCUCUCUCCCACCUCCCCCUCACCUCUCACCUCUCCCCCCCCCCCCCCCUCCUCUCUCCCACCUCCCCCUCACCUCUCACCCCCCCCCCCCCCCCCCCCCUCCUCUCUCCCACCUCCCCCGCAGAGUAA